AUGCUGUUUGGUUAUGAUCGUACCAAACACAGUUGCGCACUGAUGGAGAGCACGUUAGGUGCUGUCGAAUGUAGUGUGCAGAGUGCAGCUCAGAUUGCUGCUCCUGUUUACCAAUCCUACUGUCAACCAUCAGUUGAUGCAGUUGUUAAUGCAUGCUCGAAAGGUGUUGAAAAUAUGAAGUACGUUUUUGAUGUGAGCAAAUCGGCAGCUAUGCUUGGCGUUGGAGCAGUUGUAGUGGCGACACAACUUAGUUUAGCGUUGGGUGUUGCUGGUGCGAAUCUUCUUCUCGAUUCGUUGAUUACUUCAAAAAGAAUUGCUGGAAAUAUGCUUCUAUCUGCUAAGGUGUGUAAUUCACGGAUUAAUAUUUCUCAUGACAUUUUGCAUAGUCCUAAAUGUGGGCCUACAGCACACGUAGCUCUUAAUAUUCUUUUGGAUGCUGAAAGAGCGAUGCAGCAAUGUGUGAACGGUUUGAUUCAACAAACACAAGAUCUUGUUCAAAUGUUACUCAGUAUUAGCACGAGUGGAAACCUUCAGGUACCAGUAGCAAAAUUAAGUGAGCAAGCAAACAUUCUUCUGGAUGUCAUGAACGCAGUUGUGGAUCGUUUGUUUGGGUUGAGCUCUGAGGCAGAUCCUGCCGAAUGCACGAUUGGCCAGAGACUUGGUCGUUUAGGACGUCGUGUUUCGGGUGUGCUGACGAGUCGUGCUCACGAUGGAGUGAUCGAUCCUCUUCAUAAUCAGUUGAAUACGGUCAUGGAACAACUCGCCAAAUCGAUGAUCCUUGUGGAUUUGAUUCGUAAACAGCAAGAAUGGGCAGUUGAGAAGGCAGGUGAACUGCAUACAUCAGUACUCGAGUUGAAGGAUCGUGUUGAGCGAGAGGCAAAACAGUUGAAGCAAAAACCUGAGGACAUUCUAAUGCGCUCAUUGCGUCAUACCUCCGAACAACUCAUCAACAAUCUCAUGUCUCUCAAAGAUAAAGGCAAACAGGUAUUCAGCGAAUCUACCAAUGCCAAACUUACUACGGCAGUGACAUAUUUUGGCCAGUUUGACGAAAGUUUAGCGAAUGCAUCGGAUAUUUAUGCGGUGAACGAAGAAGUGAGCACAUUUUGCUCGAGAUAA